AUGGUGCAGUCUACUGUGCAAUUUGGUGGCUUGCCUUUAGAAGAUCCCCACAUGCACAUAGCUAAUUUCCUGGAGCUAUGUGAUACAUUCAAGUAUAAUGGGGUUAGUGAUUAUGCGAUCAGGUUGAGGCUUUUCCCAUUCUCACUCAGGGACAGAGCCAAGAGUUGGUUGAACCCCCUCCAGGAGAAUUCCAUCAAUACUUGGCAGGAUUUAGCUCAAAAAUUCAUGGCCAAGUUCUUUCCUCCAUCCAAGACAGCAAAGUUGAGGGGAGAGAUUAAUAAUUUCUAUCAGAUGGAGGGGGAGUUUUUGUAUGAUGCAUGGGAGCAUUUUAAGGAGCUAUUGAGAAAAUGCCCCCAUCAUGGUAUUGCGAAGUGGAUGAUGGUCCAUAAUUUUUAUAAUGGGUUGUGUGGUACUACACGUACCAUAAUUGAUACUGCAGCUGGUGGGGCAUUCAUGAGUAAGAGUGUCAAUGAAGCAUAUGAAUUGUUAGAAGACAUGACCACCAACAACCACCAAUGGUCUAAUGAGAGGUCAACUAGUGUUAGAAAGGUUAUCGGAGUUCAUGAACUUGAAGCCAUCACUGCCUUGACUGCUCAGGUUGCUUCCUUGACAAAACAAUUGCAACAAAAUACAGUGUUUGCUAAUGCCAUUCAGAUGCCAGCAGGUUGUGAAAUUUGUGGGGGUCCACAUUCUUUUGAUCAAUGUUCUUUAGGUGACCCUAAUAGUAAUUUCAACAACCCAUUAUCCAACACUUACAAUCCUAGUUGGAGAAAUCACCUAAAUUUCUCAUGGAGAAACAAUCAAGGCCAACAGUCACAAUUUCAGGGCCAAUACCAGCAGAAUAUGCCACAGCAGCCCAUGAAUCAAGCUUCCUCCUCACAAUAA